AUGACGAAGAGAAAGCUGGAUGAGAACGAUAUACCUGCAGAGGCGUUCACUCCCGAUACGCAGAACAGCGCUUCAAAGUUCGCAGACUUUAAGCUCGACGCAAGAUUGCUGCGCGCGGUUUCUAAAGAGAAGUUCACCAAGCCUACGCCGGUCCAGACCGAAGCGAUACCACUGGCACUGGCUGGCAAGGAUAUACUCGCAAGGGCCGACACAGGUUCCGGAAAGACUGCUGCUUACGUCUUGCCUAUUCUUCAAGCUCUACUUCACAGGAAAGCGAGAGCGCCGUCGGAGAAGUCCAUAUCUGCACUGGUGCUUGUCCCAACCCGCGAACUCGCAGAACAAAUCUACAGAGUAUUUGUGUCUUUCUCCUUAUUCUGUGCCAAAGAGGUCCGCGCUGUCAACAUAACACAGCGCGUAUCCCAUGAUGUUCUUCGUUCGAUGCUGGCGGAUUUGCCAGAUAUUGUGAUAGCGACACCUGGACGAGCCAGUCAGAACCUUAGCUCUGCCACAUUUUCAUUGGAAAAGCUUACACAUUUCGUUAUCGACGAGGCAGACCUAGUGUUAUCGUACGGCUACGAGGCCGAUCUAGAUGCCAUUUCCAAGGCAUUGCCUCGAGGAGUGCAGACAUUUCUGAUGAGCGCGACAUUUACCGCCGAGGUUGAGACGUUGAGAGGACUCUUUUGUAGGGAUCCAGCCGUCUUGGAGCUGGGAGGCAGUCAAGAGGAAGGCACGGGUGUAUCUCAAUAUGUGGUUAAGUGCGCUGAAGAUGAAAAGUUCUUGUUGACAUAUGUCAUCUUCAAGCUGCAUCUUAUCAAGGGUAAGUGCGUCAUCUUUGUGAGCGACGUGGAUAGGAGCUACCGCCUGAAGCUCUUCCUUGAACAAUUUGGGGUACGGAGCUGCGUCCUCAACUCGGAACUUCCAGUCAAUUCCAGAAUACAUGUCCUAGAAGAAUUCAACAAGGGCGUCUAUGACAACAUCAUCGCUGCAGAUGAUCAAGAAGUCCUAGGAGGAAUUGCUUCCAGGAAGGCAUCAGGGAGAGAUCCAGAGAGUGAGCAGGCUGUGGACCCACAGGAUGAGUCUGACCAAGAACCGGACGAACGCGCAAUCAAGAAACGGAAACUUACAUCAAAGCACAAAGAUUAUGGAAUCUCCCGUGGCAUUGACUUCAAAGACAUUGCAUGUGUGCUGAACUUUGACCUUCCUUCAAGCUCGAAAUCAUACACACAUCGUAUCGGACGCACCGCUAGAGCUGGCAAGACUGGCAUGGCCCUUUCUUUCGUCAUACCUACAGAGCAAUAUAGGAAACAUAAGGCAACUAGCAUUGCAUCAGCAAAGCACGACGAGAGAGUGCUUGAUAGGAUUAUUUCACGGCAAGCAAAGAGGGGCAAGGAAGUCAAGCCGUAUCAGUUUGAUAUGAAGCAAGUUGAUGCCUUCCGAUAUCGAAUGAACGAUGCUCUAAGGGCUGUUUCUCAGAACGCAGUGCGGCAAGCAAGGACCCGCGAGCUGAAGCAGGAACUACUCAAGAGCGAGAAGCUCAGAGCUCAUUUUGAGGAAAACCCAGAUGAGCUACGUCACCUGAGGCAUGACGGAGAACUCAGAGCUACGCGUGUGCAGGCCCACCUCAAGCAUGUGCCUGAGUAUCUGAUGCCUGCCAAAGCAAGGAAAGGCCUGGCAGCGAAUGACCUGGGCUUUGUCGGGAUGCGGAAGACGGGUGAGAAUAGAAUCCGCAGAGCAAGAAUGCACAAUCGGAACAAAGGUAGGCGGGCAGACACAGGAGCGAGGAAGAUCGAUCCUUUGAGGUCGUUCAAUGCAAAAGGACGGCCUUAA